AUGAAAAAAGAUGAUGUAGAUAUAUUUGAAGAAGGGAAACCUCCAUGGUUUCUCAAGACUUAUGGUUCUUCAGCUUGGAUGUUACCUCAUUACCCUAGAGGAGAAAAAUUGUCAGGGAGAUCAGUUAACAGGACAAGUGUAGAGGAACAAAAGAAGCAGACUCCUACACACCUUCAUGAAUGUCUAGCCAGGGAGGUGGAAUUAGCUAAACUUUCUAGCCCCAGCAGCUGCAAUGUUCUUGAUACUGUGUUGCCGAGCACCAAUGAGUACGGGUGUAUAAAUCCAUGGAUCAGGGAAGCGGAAAGAGUGAAAUCUAAUAUAUCGGAAACUCGUCAAAAUAUUAACAAUUGGAAAGGGCUUGAGACCCCAAAAGACCAAAGUGGUUUAAGAGAUGAUAAAGUUGAGCAUGGUAAAAUUAAUGUUUCAUUUUCACCCAGACUCUUGGAUUCUAGUGAAGGGAGACCUUUUAAUGGAGCUAGACCCAGUGAAGCAACUGCGAGGGACUUAUCCAGUGGAGAAUCUUCUGUUGUUGCUGAUAAAUCAUUUGAAACCUAUGUUGAAGCGAUAAAUCUAAGUGAAGAGGAUGAGAAGGAUGGCAUUCAUCCACUUGGAGACCGAAAGAGGCUUGAACGUAUCUAUGAUAAAGUUCUUGUGGUUGACAAUAUUUCAGUUGCAAGGGAUAUUGUGGGAAAGCUUACAACACAGUACAAGAAUCUAGUACAUGCAUGUGACACAGAGGUAGCUAAGAUUAAUGUAAAGAAGGAAACUCCCGUUGAUCAUGGAGAAGUCAUAUGUUUUAGUAUUUAUUCUGGACCAACUGUUGAUUUUGGAAAUGGGAAGUCUUGUAUCUGGGUAGAUGUUCUUGAUGGUGGCGGUAGGGACAUUCUGAAAGAAUUUGCUCCAUUCUUUGAGGACCCUUCCAUUAGAAAGGUGUGGCACAACUAUAGCUUUGAUAGUCAUGUUAUAGAGAACUAUGGGCUUAAGCUUUCAGGCUUCCAUGCUGAUACGAUGCAUAUGGCACGGCUUUGGGAUUCUUCAAGGGGAAUAGAAGGCGGGUAUUCUCUUGAAGAUCUCACACGUGACCCAAAGAUCAUGUCUAAUGCUCAAAAAUGCAGUGGAGGGGAAUUGAUUGACAAGAUAUCAAUGAAGACAAUCUUUGGGAAGAAAAAAAUAAAGAAGGAUGGAUCUGAAGGCAAAAAUAACACUGAUCUGCUUGUUGAGGAGCUUCAAAGGAAAGAAAGGGUACAUUGGAUUUGCUACUCUGCUUUAGAUUCAAUAAGCACAUUAAAGCUUUUUGAGAGCUUGCAAAGAAAGCUAAUUGAGGAAGAAUGGAUUCUUGAUGGCAUUAAUAGAGGAACAAUGUAUGACUAUUAUGAGGAGUAUUGGCGUCCAUUUGGUGAGCUUUUGGUUCGAAUGGAGACUGAGGGAAUGCUGGUUGAUCGGACAUACCUUGCAGAGAUAGAGAAGUUGGCUACUGUAGAAAAUGAAAUUGCUGCACGUAGAUUUCGAAAGUGGGCUUCUAGUUAUUGUUCUGAUGCUAUGUACAUGAAUGUUGGAAGUGGUACUCAGCUACGGCAACUCUUUUUUGGUGGCAUAAUUAACAGCAAGGACCCUAAUAAGAGCCUUCCAGAGUCGAGGAAUUUUAAAAUGCUUAAUGUUGAUAAUGUGAUUGAAGAGGGGAAGAAGGUGGCAACAAAAUAUCGUAACAUUACACUGCAUAACAUUGUUAAUGGAAUGCACAGUGAGAUUUAUACAGCUACAGGUUGGCCUGCAGUAAGUGUAGAUGCUCUGAAGGUCCUCGCUGGAAAGGUCUCUGCUGAAUACGAUUUGAGUGAUGAUGUGUAUGAACCCAAGCCUGAUGGAAAUGAUGAAUUUCAUCCAGAGCAGGUGGUCAAUGAAAUUGAGGAAAAGCAAGCUACCUCUGUUAGUGAAGAGAACAUAGAUAUAUCUAUUUAUGGAACGGCUUAUGCUGCAUUUGGAGAGGGAAAGGAGGGGAGGGCGGCUUGCCACGCCAUUGCUAGUCUAUGUGAAGUCUGCUCUAUUGACUCUUUGAUAACCAACUUCAUUCGCCCUUUGCAGGGCUGUCACAUAUCAGGCAAGGAUGGCCGUGUCCAUUGUUCUUUAAAUAUCAACACCGAGACUGGUCGUUUAUCAGCCAGGAGACCAAAUUUGCAGAAUCAGCCUGCUUUGGAGAAGGACCGGUACAGAAUACGCCAGGCAUUCAUAGCUGCACCUGGCAACUCUCUAAUAGUUGCCGAUUAUGGGCAGCUGGAACUUAGGAUUCUGGCGCAUCUUGCAAACUGUAAGAGCAUGUUGAGUGCCUUCAAAGCUGGUGGUGAUUUUCAUUCAAGGACAGCAAUGAAUAUGUACCCACAUAUUCGAGAAGCUGUAGAACAAAAUAGAGUUUUGCUGGAAUGGCACCCUCAACCUGGUGAAGAGAAACCCCCAGUUCCCCUAUUGAAGGAUGCCUAUGCUUCUGAAAGAAGGAAAGCCAAAAUGCUCAAUUUUUCCAUUGCAUAUGGGAAAACUCCUGUUGGGCUUUCCCGAGAUUGGAAGGUUUCAGUUAAGGAAGCAAAGGAAACUGUAGAUCUCUGGUACAAAGAGAGGAAAGAAGUUCGGGAAUGGCAAAAAGAGCGCAUAAAGGAAGCUCAGACCAUGCAGCGUGUACACACCUUGCUGGGACGUGCUCGCCGUUUCCCUGAUAUGGCCCAUGCUAGUGGUUUUGAACGAGGUCACAUUGAGAGAGCAGCUAUUAAUACCCCUGUGCAGGGUAGUGCUGCUGAUGUUGCCAUGUGUGCCAUGCUAGAAAUAUCAAGGAAUGCUCGGUUGAAGGAGCUUGGGUGGAGACUGCUUUUGCAGGUUCAUGAUGAAGUGAUACUGGAGGGACCAAUGGAAUCAGCAGAAGUUGCCAAGGCCAUAGUUGUUGAAUGCAUGUCCAAACCCUUUUACGGCACCAAUUUUCUCAAAGUUGACUUGUCUGUUGAUGCUAAGUAUGCACAGAACUGGUAUGCAGCCAAGUAAACAAAGUGGUCUGUUAUGGAUUGAAUUGGCCCAGCAAUUAGG